AUGCCCGCCCUCACACCUCCCGCCCUCAUCCUCGUCACCGGCGCUUCGGGCUUCCUGGGCCCACACAUCAUCAAGGCGCUUCUCGCGGCCGGCUUCACUGUGCGCGGCACCGCCCGUGACGAAGUCAAGGCCGCGUACCUGACCAACACGUUCGGCAUCGACGUCGCCAUCGUGCCCGACGGCGCGGCCCCGGGCGCAUACGAUGUGGCCGUCAAGGGCGUCGCUGGCGUCGUGCACGCCGCCUCGCCCCUCGACGUCACGAACACGGGCGACCCGGACCUCGUCAUCCUCCCCGCCAAGAACGGCACAAUCAGCCUCCUUGCGUCCUGCGCCACGUCGACGGUACAGCGCGUCGUGCAGAUUAGCUCCCUUGCGGCCGUGACCAACUCGAACUGGGCCGAGGGCCGCGUUACGCUCACGGAGGACGCGUGGAACGACGAGGCGCCGGCGAUCUGCGCGGCGCAGGGCGCCGCCACCCAUCCGUUCAUCAAGUAUAUCGCGAGCAAGGCUGUGGCGGAGCGCGCGUUCUGGCAGUUUUUCGAGAAGCCGCGUGCGUUCGACGGCAUCGCCCUCGAUUGCGCACUUAUUUUCGGCGAGCCGCUCGGCUAUGCGGCGAGCAAGGGCCGCCUCGAGGGCUCGAACGCCCUCCUCCUGCCCUACAUGACGAGCACGCACACCGAGGCCGAGCUGCGCGCACAGACGGCGCCGUGCGUCGGCGCUGAUGAGGUCGCAGCCACCGUCGUGCGCGCCCUCACGGUGCCCGAGGCGAGCGGGCGCUUCCUUGUCUCCUCGGGGCCCGUGUACUUCAACGACUAUGCGAUUGCCGCGGCGGUACUCGACAACCCCAACCUCACGCCCGGCCACACCGACGACGCGUACCGCACCGGGCUGGGCGAGCAGGCCGUCACGUGCGACACGGGCAAGGCUCAGCGCGUGCUCGGCAUCACGUACAAGCACAAGGACGUUGUGCUGGCGGACGCGAUGCGUGCCAUCAAGCCUUUCCUGACCAAGUAGGGAUGUAAACGAUGGAACUGGGUAGAUCCCGUAGUCGAAGAAUGGAUGCCGAGAUUUCCGGCUACCAAAAGGCUCUCGACGUCGACAUUGCAAGAGCCAGACGACUGUCCGCACCGACGCUGACGAGGGUGAUAAUGGCGAUGCCCGAC